ACAGUUAGAAGACUACAUAUUUAAAAAAGAAAAAGGAGUAAAGCGCGUUUCAUUCACUGAUGUAAAAAAAUGGGCGGGGCUUGUUUUCAAACCAUGCAAGUAAGAAAGCAGCUGAAAAUGGCGGCGGCGGGGUGCGCCGGGUCUGUCAGCGGACCAGGACAGCAGGCUAAAGCGAGGCCUGGAGCCGUUUCUAAUCACCGUCAUGUGCGCUGUCUUACUCUGGAGGAAGCUCGGUGUCCGGUUUGCUUGGAGAUAUUACUGGAGCCCGUGACUAUGCCGUGUAGACACUCGGUCUGCCUCCAGUGUUUUAAGCGGACAGUGGAGUGUAGCGGGCUGUGCUGCCCGUCCUGCCGGCUGCGUGUGUCCAGCUGGGCCCGAAAUAAACAGUCCCGAGAGAAAAGCCUCGUCAACACCGAGCUCUGGGAAAUGGUGCGCCAAACUUAUCCGGAACGAUGCGGCCGUAGAUUAGAGCAGCGGGACCGAGUGAUGGCUACGGAAGAUGUUUUCUGUUCACCUAUACAGAUAUGUAAGCCUGGAGAUAUGCGGCAUGAGUAUGAUAAGCAAAAGAAUAAGAUGAUGAAGGAUGAAGAAACUGAAGAUAGAAUGAAAAAAUUACCCUGUCGUAAGAAAGGGGAAAGUGGACUGCAACAUUCUCAGGAUACUUCUUUAGUGUUGUCCGACUCUGAGAAUGAACAACCUAUGAGAAUGAGAACCAGGCAUGCAUCAGCAUUUGUGCGCCGAUCAAGGUUUUCCCCAUCUUUUUGCAAAAGUCUGUACAACAUCAGUGUACAAAGGAGCCAAAGUUGUACUGACUCUGAGGAAGGAAGAAGAAAAGUCAGAGCUCAGUCACACCUUUCUUUACCAGAAAAAGCCAGUAUCUGUCAUAGUUUCAAUGCAGGAAUACUCUUAUCCUCCGAGAACAGUCGUUCCUUCUCAGCACCAGUUCUUCCCCUUGACAAGAGGCAUCACUGGCGUUCCAUCUUGGCCUCUCCUCCUUCCUCUUUAAUGCCUCAUACUAAACCCGAGCGUUCAGUCAGCCCAGAGAGCAACGACAGCAUCUCAGAAGAGCUGAACCACUUCAAGCCCAUAGUUUGCUCACCGUGCACGCCACCGAAGAGACUCCCAGAUGGCCGGUUAAUGGAACCCACCAUAGUGAAGUCUACACCCAGGAACCUGACCCACAACCUGCAGAAAAGCACCAGCUAUGAAGCCAGUCCUAGCAUCCUGCAAAAGUGGAAGCAGGUUGAGCUAGAUCGGCAGCGUGUCAAGUUCAUGUCCAAAGGAACCAUCACCAGUCCAGUGGCAGACGAUUACAGCAUCACACAGAGCUCUGAAGAAGACCAAGAGAACAAAUCUUGUAACUGUGGUCCCUUGGAAAAAGGCUCAACAUUGCAGGGUCAACAUUGCAAUUGUACUGCAAAUACAAACUUGUCUAGAAAGCAGAGGGGAAAGUCUUUGCUGUACAAUAAGCGGCAGUUGAUUUUUGAUCAGUGUAGCAGAGAUGAUGGCUCACAGUCUACAAAUGCACAUCCUACAUUGAUGGCAUUGGGUAAUUCUGAUACUCACAAUCAGUGUGGUGCUCUUGAACCACACUGUUCACUUUCAGGACAGGUUGAAAACUUGAAAUCACCAAUAGUGGACAAACAUAUCGGAGUAAGUCAUAAUCAGGGAAUAGAGGACCUUCAAGACUUACGGAAUGAUCCAACUGUCAGAAGUUGUGUACUUAACAGACCUACCUCAAAAAGGGGCAAAAAGAGGAGCCAGAAGACCAAACAUUUGGAAGAGGCAAAGAGAAUAAAAAUAUCCCAAAUAGAAAGCUGUGAUAGCUGUGACCCACAAUAUAGACAAAAUGAUUUAUAUGUUGAACAGAUCCAUCAAGAAAGAAUGGACAGAGAACUGGCACUAAAGCUACAAAGACAGUUUGACAAAGAAGGCCAGAAAGUAGAAAGGCAUAGGAUGAGUUCUGAUAAAUAUCUUCUACGGUCCUGGAUUUGUGUAGAUGGUAGAGCAGCUCGUAAUCCACGCAGGUCAGGAAGGAUUUCUAGGAAGAUAAAACAUUUUAAUUAAAAGUCUUAAAUCAAGUUAUUGACAGGGGACAAAAGCAAACGAGUCUGACCUUAUCUGUAGGCCAGAGAAUACUGAUAUCUUUUGGAAUGGUCUUAGUGUUUGGGACAACUUUGCUUAUGCUUGUCAUUUCAUUUUUAUUUCAUACUAUAUAUCUCAGAUAAUUGUACCAAAUAACAGCUCUUUUCUUAGAUGAAAAUAUUGCAGAAUUUUUUGCCCUUCCUAUUUUUCUCUUUAAUUUGGCACUACCUAAUCAACAGCCAGAAAAUUCCUGUUGGUCUAUUCUUAUUGGGGCAUUAAACAUAAAUACUAAAAACAAUGCACUUCUUUUAUCCAAUGCAUUAUUGUUUUUUAUAAAUGUAAUAGAUUGUGUUUAAAAAGGAAAUGCUGAGUAUUAGUUGUAAAGUUCUUACUUUAAUGGGCAGUUGGCCUCAUAUUUUAAGUUUAAAUGUUCAAAGGCUUGAAUUUCUGCAUAAGAGCCCCAUACAGUUGUGUCUCAAAUUAGACUGAUAUGUAUAGAACUGUAAAAGCUUUACAUUACCCAACUUGCUACAAUUACUCUUAAAAGGUAUUUUUCCCUUUUCUUCCUUGGAAAGCUGCUUAAUCUUUAAAUUAAUUUAUGUUCAGAGUUUCGCCUAGGUGCAUUAGGUACGUCUUUUCUUUCUCUGUUAGAAUUUGAUGUGAUUCAUUUUAUGGUGUUGCAAAAGUUUUGGCCAGCUUGACCUUUUAAUGAAAAAUAUAUAUUGCACUAUAUGCUUGAAUAAGCAUACACAUAUUACAUGUAAUCACUGUAGACUUCUUUGAAAAUGAUUAUCUUUUUAAAAAAAAAACAAAAAAAAAACAAUAGAAUCGCUGUGAGGUUUUAUUCAUAUGCCAACAUUUUCUGUCAUCUAUUCAUAUUUCUCUCACGUUUAUUUUCUGAAACACAAUAAUAAUACUUUAAAAAAAAAAGCUUGAGUUUUGACUGUAUUUUAAUGUGGAUGUAUGCACAGAGAGUAAUGGUUGAGCCUUCUCAUCUCAUCUCUUUGACUAUUAUUGGAUAUAUUCCCAUGCAUGUUUGAAUUGCAUUUGACAAAUGUUGUUUAUUAUUUGAACAAUGUGUGAAUGAUGAGACCAAAUGCAAGCAUUCUUUUUUAUAUACUUAAAAAAAAAAUUAAUAUUCCAUAAAUAUGACAGUUUAAGCCAUAGGAUUAUGUGCUUAUCAGUACAGUUUAACACUAUUAGUCUCCAUUACAAUGUUGAUAAUUAGUGAUCCAGUUCUGUUAAAGUUUGUUAAAUUUUAUAAUGCAUAAAUUCACAAAUUUUGUUUGCACAAACAAUUUAUUGUUUCCAUAAGGAUGGGAACAGUCUUAUUAAAUUAAAUUAAAUUAUGAAUAUUGGAGUAAAUAAAUUAUAAAUACCAAAUAAAACACUAUUUUAUUGCUUGUCUGUAUGGGUUUCCUCUGGGUUCUGUGGAUUGUUGACUAUAAAUUAUCCCUGAGCAGGAUAAAACAGUUACUGAAGAUGAAUGACUGUUUUUGUUUGAAAUAUUUCAUGUAUUAAGAAAGGCCAGUUCAAAAUUGUAGAACUCAAAUAUGGGAAUGUGGGCUGGCUAUAGCUUGUCAGCUCAGGAUAAUAUUAAAUCAGGUUAAGGUAAGUCCAACUAGGAUAAUGAGACGACAACAGAAUUGCUUAGGACAACUAAUGUAUUGUAACAUGUAAAUACA